CGUCGCAGCGCCUGCUCCGAUGCGCCCAGCGCCAUGCUCCGAAGGUUCCUGGACCGCCCCUGCACGUUAGCUUUGCUGAUCGGCUUCCAGUUCCUCUUCAUGGCCUACUUCUCCUUCGGGGGCUUUCGCAACCUGGCUGCCAUCUUUGGCCGCGACACCAGCCCCUCCUUCGACUACUCCCGCAGCCACGAUGUCUACGCCAACUUCAGCCUGGUGUUCGGGCUGCCCCCUCGCCCCGGCGCCACGAAACCUUUGGCCUACUGCCCGGAUCGGUCCCCGUACCUGAUCGGUCCCCUGACAGUGAGCUUCAGCCAGGUGCCCACGCUGGAGAAGAUUCAGGAGAAAAACCCCGCGGUCGAGUUAGGGGGCAGGUACCGCCCUUUCAACUGCGAGUCCCGUUCCCGGACGGCCAUCAUCAUCCCCCACCGCAACCGGGAGACCCACCUGCGGCACCUGCUCUACUACCUGCACCCUUUCCUCCAGCGCCAACAGCUGCAGUAUGGAAUUUACAUCAUACACCAGGCUGGGAACGCCACUUUUAAUCGUGCCAAGCUUCUGAACGUGGGCGUGAAGGAAGCUUUAAAAGAUGAAGAGUGGAACUGCCUUUUCCUUCACGAUGUGGAUCUCAUCCCCGAGAACGACCACAACCUUUACGUUUGCGAUCUCUGGAAUCCCAAGCACGUCUCUGUCGCCAUGAAUAAAUUCAGAUACCAACUCCCGUACUCUCAGUACUUCGGCGGUGUGUCAGCGUUGACCCCGGACCAGUAUCUGAAGAUCAAUGGUUUCCCCAACCAGUACUGGGGCUGGGGGGGCGAAGACGAUGACAUCGCCAUGAGGGUGCGCUUCCGAGGGAUGAAGAUUUUACGCCCUCCGGUGUCCGUCGGCCAUUAUAAAAUGGUGAAACACAAGAGCGACGAAGGCAACGAGCAGAACCCCCACAGGUUCGAUCUGCUGAUCCGGACGUACCGCACCUGGACCCAGGACGGCAUGAACUCUCUCUCCUACACCCUGUUGUCCAAGGAAAUGCUGCCCCUUUAUACCAACAUCACUGCCGACAUUGGCACCAACCCGCGGGCCGCCAAGCCCAGGAAGGGCACCGUGCCAGGCCUCGACGGGAGGAACUAUCCGAGGGACAGCAAUCAUGACUUCCGCCAGGAGAUGCUCCGUAAGACUCCCUUUGCCAAGCUCUCCCAAGCCAUGGGGUGGAGAGAACCUCCGCUGGAGGCAGAAAGGAAGGGGGAGAGGCAGGCUCCGAACUCGGAGAACCCCAAACCCAGCCCCACGGCAGGAAAAACGGAGCCGGGCUCUGCUGCCACGACCCACAGCGAGGGGGAAGCUGUCCUCCAAACGUUUAGCAAGGUGGCCCCCAGCCUGGAAGUGCCGAAGCGAGCCAAGGGUGCCGAGAAGGAGACGGUCCAAACAAGUCGAGCAGGUCCAGCCGCCCCCCGGCCCUCGGCCAGAGACACAGCCCGGCGCACGGCUUCCCGGCCCCUUUCCGCCAAUCGCACAGAUCCUAGAGCCGCAGAUUAAAAAGACGAUGCCGAGAGCUGCAGUGAGGCGCCUGAGUCUGGAAUUAUUCUCUCAUCCCGGCUGGGAGCUUGGAGGAGACCGAUCGCCUUUCUGCCCAGGCCAGCGGAGCCGAACUGGACAUGCGAAGGGGCGGGUGGGAAGGGCAAGCCAGGCGGCACCAGCAUUCCCUUGGGAAUUUUGUUCCUCCAUCAGCGGGUUUUUCCUUCCCGAAUGCGGGUAGCCCACCCAGGGCCCGUCGCGCUUCGUAGGACUGGAUCCCGCUUUGAGGGGACUGGGAGAGCAUGAGCGACGGGGGGGGCAUCUUGUCCCCAAGCUGUUUGUGGAUGGAUAUUUGGAGGGUCUCCACCUUCCGUUAAGUGGCCAGCUCCAGCCCUCCCGACUUCACUGUCCACUUAGCGCCUUUUUCAAAAAGGGGGUUGAGCCCUACCGCUUGACCCUCUCCAACACUACCUUCAGCACCAGGAAGAUAUCAACCGUUGGCAAACUCCCACUCAACUUUUUAAAAUUUGUCUUCUUUUCCUCGUGAAGGAGAAUUGGAGGGGGGUCUUCUCCCACCCCCCACCCGUAUUCUCUCACUUCCGCCUUCCUCUCGCAAGUCGUCCAGCCGGGAUCAAGGGAUGGGGGGCUUCGACGGAAAGGCCCUCCUGGGGCGUUCAGCCUCUUCUCAGGCGCAGGAAAGUUUUUUCUCCCCCGACCCCGGAUCAAGAAACCGGCGAAGGGGAGACAGGCCAGAGGUUGCUGUCCAUCGGCUCAGCCGUUCGCUCAUACGAUUUAUAGGUGGUUGCUCGUUUUUUUUCUUUUUAAGAUCAGCCAAAAUAAAUUCUCGACUGGUUAAUAAGCUACUGCAUCCGACGCCUGAGGUCUCGAUCUGGGUUCUUUCGACAGAAUCCGGAGCAAAAGCUUCCUGGAGCUGGGCCCGUGGGUGCUGCCAUCAGGUGUUGGAGGCUCGGAUGGAGACAUGCUUCUCCCCGCCGGACUGAGGUUUAUCACUACUUUAGCUCACUCUCACCCACCCCCUCCCAAGAAAAAUAAGAAUAAAAAAUUCUACAUGAGCAGGCAUUCCUUUAUCCAACUACCCUCUCCUAAUUUUUUUUUUGCCGCUGCUUCAGGGCUGAUCCCGGCCUGACGUGUUCCCCCAAUCUGAUCAGGGUCUUGCUCCCCACCGGUGACCAUCUCACCACCUCUCAGUACUGUCAAUGAUAUGUAGUUUUAUUUAUUCUAUUUAUGUAGCCCCCGUCCCCUUCGCUGUAGUGGUCCCCCUUCCCUGUUUUUGAUUUUUUUUUUUUUUUUACAAAAAUAAAUAUUCCUCCACCAAUUAAAAGAAUGAGCUGUUCUUUCUUCUAAUGAAAGCUAGCUGUGGGUCUGAGAGGACACCUGUCCUUCUCAUUGGGCCAGGCAGAAGACCAACAGGUGUGGGGGGGGACGGUGAAGAUUCUGCCUCCGGAGGAAUGAGGACUAGAACCAUGAGCGGCUGCGGCAGGGGUACAGAUUUUGUUUAGCAGGAAGAGCCUUUCUGACAGCCUUUUGGUUCUCUUUCCCUGGAUGUGUUGAAAGGGAAAAGUCACGGGCGAGGAAUGCUGCGGUCCUACCUGAGCGUCACCCAGCUGUGCCGACUUCAAAUCCCAGAAUUCCCCAUAAGAGUCAUCUGGAGCAGGCCCAGUUCACAGUAAUAGCUGCCUUGCCCUUUUCACUGACCUGA